CUCCGGGUCCUUUUUGUGAACGAACAAAGAUGGCGGCGUCCAUGUUGUGCAGAAGGACGGAAAUGUUAUGUAGGACUUUAAAGGGACUUUCUUGUUCGAAAACUGUACUUUCUGCGAACUCUCAAAGUGGGUUUCUGUUGCAGGCGGCGUCCUAUAACCCCAGACCUUUAAGGCUGAACCUCCGUGAGCCCUACGUCCCAGACAAGGACAGCGAGAAGACGCCGGAGUGGCAGAAGACGGCCCGGUAUGACAGGAAGCUAUUCGGUCGCUACGGUUCAGCGUCGGGUAUCGACCCUGCCUCGCUGUGGCCCAGCCAUGAGCAACUGGACAAGAUCAUCACAGAGGAACGUGAGUGGCACCCUCCGUUAGAGGUAAUGCUGAAGAACAUCGAGGCCAAGGAGAAGCAGGAAACCGAGAAACGGCUGGCAAAAGAGAGACUGCUAGCAGCAAACAUGGCCAAAAUGCCCAAGAUGGUAGCUGACUGGCGCAAAGAGAAGCGAGAAACCAAGCAGAAGCUGAAGGAGGAGAAAGCUCGGCGUGCAAAGUUGGUGGCCGAGGCCAGAGAGCGCUUUGGCUACGCAGUGGACCCCCGCAGCCCCAAGUUCCUGGAAAUGGUGGCAGAAAUAGAGAAGGAAGAGAAGAAGAAAAAGAAACUAAUGAAGCGCAGGCUGAAAGAGGAGCAGGUGGUGGCCCCUGUCACACCCCCCGCUGCCUCCUCCUAGUCUUAGACGGAGUCAUUUCAGACAUACACAACUGCUAGGGCUUGGUCUAACUACUGAAAGAGAUGGAAGGUGGGCUGCAUUAUGUAACUCACUGGGACAUUUGUAAAAGAGUACCCGAAUACCAGUU